AUGGAUGAUAACUUUGGAAGGCACAAUGUUUGGGGAGUAUGCCUUCCUUCAAGCCAUCCUCUGAAAGCACAUGAUUAUUGUAGAACACAGGCUUAUCCAGACAACCUAAACUUUGAUUCAGAAACCUUAAAGCAUAUCAAUGACUUAGAAAGUACAGUACAGAAACUUGAAGAAGAAAACAAAAAUCUUCGCUCACGAUGCCUCAUUUUAGCCCAAUUGAAGCAUGAUGAUUCUAGCUUUCAGUUUUGGACUGGAUUUCCUAAUUAUGGUUCUUUCAGUGCUUUGUUUCAGUACCUGGAGUGUGCUUUAGUAAACAAGAGAAACUGGAGGGGAUCUGAUUUGUUACGCAAGGUAAAUGUAACAGAAAGAAAGAGAGGGGCCCCAAGCAAGUUAUCACUUGAGGAGGAAUUUUUUAUGGUUCUGAUUCGCCUCAGACUUGGGCUCACCUUGACUGACUUGGCAUCGCGUUUUAUGCUCAGUGAAGGCAAUAUUAGCAAAAUAUUCACUACUUGGAUCAAUUUAUUGUACUUUGAAUUAAAAGACCUCUGCCAAAUGCCAGAAUCCCUGGAUGAAGGAAAGGCCAAGCACUUUUCCAAUUUUCCAAAUGUGAAGAUUAUCAUUGAUUGUACAGAAAUUUUUACAGAGAAACCAUCAUCAUUGCAAACAUGCAAAGAAAUAUAUUCCAAUUAUAAAGGGCACACAACAUUCAAGUUUUUAGUUGAAAUUGACACACAUGCAGCAGUUGUUUAUGUUUCUCGAGCUUGGGGUGGGCGCACUUCGGACAAACAUAUUACAUCAAACUGUAAUGAUUUACUAGAUGCAAUGAAAGAGGGGGAUGAGAUAAUGGCUGAUAGAGGAUUUGACAUAGAUGAUGUCUUAAGUGUUCCAAGUGUUAAAGUUAUCAUCCCAGAUUUUAAGGGGAAAGACCGCUCACAAAUGAGGGCAGUUGAAAGUAGAAGGUCAGAAAAUAUAGCAGUUGCACGAAUACAUGUGGAGAGGGCAAUACAGAGAAUCAAGAUUUAUCGUAUUCUUCGAACUGAAAUACCUUUGACUAUGACACACUUAGCUGAGCAAAUAUUUACUUUACAAAUAUUUAUUUUUGUGCCUAUUUAG